AUGUUCAAGUGUGUAGCAGUUGUCGCUUUCCUCGCCGUGGCCGCCGCGUCACCCAAACCCGAUCCAGCCCUCAUCAGUACCGUUCCGUUGGCCUACUCUGCCGGAUUCGGUCCUGCCUACAGUGCAGCUAGCCCCAUCUACAACCCAGCUCCUGUUGUCUACUCAUCCCCCGCUUAUGCCUACUCUGGCAACUACGGUUACCCACACUUUAUCAAGAAACGUUCUGCUGCUCUGGUCAGCAGCUACUACGCAUCUGCCCCCUGGGCCACUACCUACGCCGCAGGACCUUUGGCCACCACCUACGCCGCUUCUCCACUAGCCAGCACCUACAGCACCUACGGCUCUUCCCUGGUGCACGCAUCUCCAUUAUACUCCAACCCUCACUUCAUCAAGAAGCGUGCUGCACCCUUGAUCUUCCCAUCAGCAUCCUACAUAUCACCAGCGACCUACUCUAGCGGACCCCUCGUCUCUGCCUACUCCGCAUACUCUGGCGCUGCCCCUAUCUACUCCUCCCCCUACUACCAAACUUCUCCCCUCGCCUACACUCAAUUCAUCAAGAAGUGA